UGUGAGAGCAUCAGCUGAUCAAAGCCACAGUUAUAUAUAACAGGACAUGACAGUUGUCCAUUUGCAGAACAAUUCAAGAAAAUGUUUCAAGAAACACACAAAAUGAGAAUGAGAAUUUUGCUCAUCUUCACCACUCUUGUGGCUCUGGCCAGUGUAGUCAGCGUCGCUCUGGAAGACCUGGAGUUCAGUGCAUGGAAAUCAAAGUUUGGUAAGAUCUAUAAGUCUGCAGAGGAGGAGAUUCAGCGUAAGAUGAUUUGGAUGGAAAAUCUUAAGCUGGUCAUAGAACACAACAUGCAGGCUGACCAGGGCAUUAAGAGCUUCAGACUUGGCAUGACCUAUUUUGCAGACAUGGAUAACCAGGAGUACAGAAAUACUGUAUUCAAAGGCUGUCUGAAUUCCUUUAAAAUGACCACAGGAAACAGUACAGCUACAUUCCUCCGAGGGGAAUCUGUUCUGCCAAAAACUGUGGACUGGGUGAAAGAGGGAUACGUGACUGAGGUUAAAGACCAGCAUGAAUGUGGAUCCUGCUGGGCCUUCAGUGCAACAGGGUCGCUGGAAGGUCAGACUCGAAAGAAGAUGGGGAAGCUGGUGUCACUGAGCGAGCAGCAGUUGGUGGACUGCUCGGGCAAAUAUGGGAACUUUGGUUGUAUGGGAGGAUGGAUGAACACGGCUUUUGAAUAUAUUAGAGACAACAAUGGAAUUUACACAGAGGAGUCCUAUCCUUAUGAGGGCAAAGAUAAUGAUUGCAGAUUUAUUACAGACACUGUGGGAGCCACCUGCAAUGGCUAUGUGAAUAUAAAGAGUAAAGAUGAGAAAGCUCUACAGGAAGCUGUGACCUUCAUUGGACCAAUUUCUGUUGCCAUAGAUGCAGGCCACAUAUCCUUCCAGCUCUAUAAAUCUGGUAUCUACGAUGAGCCAGACUGUAGCAGCAUUGGGCUGAAUCAUGGUGUCCUGGCUGUUGGUUAUGGCAGGAAACAAAAUAAGGAUUACUGGCUGGUCAAGAACAGCUGGGGUCUCAAGUGGGGUGACAAAGGUUACAUCAAGAUGUCGAGGAACAAGAAUAACCAGUGUGGUAUUGCCACAAAUGCCAGCUACCCUCUGGUUUAAAGGUGUAAAGAAAAAAGUCAGUGUGACAGCUAUUUAAAAAAUCUGUUUGUGUGUUAAGCCAUCAUUAAUGGGAUUAAGUGUUAUGUUUUAAAAUAAUCAUAAUAAUCAAACAAUUCUUAGUAUCAAUAUUAUCUACUUUAACAGUAGAUAAUUUUACUUUUACUCAGUGCCAAGCAAAUUAUGGCAUGAAAUGUAGGUAAUAUUCCAAACUGUCCAGAUUCUCCAUGGUUACAGAUUAUAAAAUUACAGUAGCCUUUUAUGAGCAAAUAUAAAAAAUUAAGUUAGCAAUGUUACAUUAUUAACUUAAGUACCUUGUUUGGUAAGAAUAAAAGUGAAUUUUCUAUUGAUUUGGUAUUGUAUCAGAUAAUAUUGAAUGAAUGUAUUGUUUUGUAUGAGACUAAAAAUCCUGGAUCUGGAUUAACUCCUGUUUCUGGCUCUAACACAACUCAAAUUUACUUUAAAAGAAAUGUUAAUCAGUGCAUCAGCAGAAUUAGGAGCAUAUGUGCAGGAUAAGGCAUACAUUAGGACCAGGGCCGGAACCAUUGAGUUAAAAUAAUGAAAACUUUUAAAAAUGGAGAAUUUGAACCUUGAAUCUCUGGAAUGACUCAAGUGUCAGUCCUGCAGCAUGUUUUGUUUACAUUCUCACAUACAUAUCAACACACAAAUAAUAUCUUUCAUGUUUACUGUAUGUUGUUCAUGUUUACAGUUUUUUGCAGUUACAGUAAUAAUAAAUACUUAAACAACUA